AUGCAGAGCCUUGGCAAGGAGAACCACAGUUCCGUUUCUGAGUUCAUCCUCCUUGGCUUCUCCAGUGAGUCUCAGGUUAGAAUGGCUCUGUUCACGUUCUUCCUUAUCCUCUACUUUAUCACCAUUCUAGGCAAUGGACUCAUCAUCACCCUGAUCUACUUGGAUACACAGCUCCACACACCUAUGUACUUCUUUCUCAGCAUCCUCUCCCUGGUAGACAUGAGCUAUGUCACCACCACUGUGCCCCAGAUGUUGGUUAAUCUGGUAUACCCAAGGAGGACCAUUUCCUGGGGAGCUUGUGCAGCCCAGAUGUUCAUCUUCUUGAUCCUGGGCAUUGCUGAGUGUGUCCUCUAUGCCAUUAUGGCCUAUGACAGGUAUAUGGCCAUCUGCUUCCCCCUUCACUAUACUCUACUGAUGAGUCAUCCUAUUUGUAUCAAGAUGGUCACAGUCUGUUGGCUCAUUAGCAUAGCUGGGGCCCUGAUCUAUACUGUCUUCACCAUGCGUCUGCCUUAUUGUGGCCCCCACAAGAUAAACCACUUCUUCUGUGAGGUCCCUGCUGUCCUGAAGUUGGCUUGUGCAGACACAUCCCUCAAUGACCGGUUGGACUUCAUCUUGGGUUUCCUCUUGCUUUUGAUACCACUUUCCUUCAUCCUGGUCUCUUAUGUUCGCAUCUUUGUCUCCAUCUUAAGCAUCCGCUCACCCCAGGGGAGACUCAAGUCCUUCUCCACGUGUGCUUCCCACAUCACUGUGGUCACCAUGUUCUAUGGGCCAGCCAUGAUCAUGUACAUGAGGCCUGGGUCCUGGUAUGACCCAGAGAGGGACAAGAAGCUGGCCCUCUUCUACAAUGUUGUCUCUGCCUUCCUCAACCCCAUCAUCUACAGUCUCCGGAACAAAGAUGUAAAGAGGGCCUUUCUGAAAGUGCUGGCCAGAGAGGGACAGCUCAGUGACCCAGGAUGUUUCAGAGUUGUCCAGAAUCAUGGGCCGACUUGA